AUGGACACUUUGCCCGAGCCUGUGAUUGCACAAAUAUGUCUGUACUUGCCCCAGCAGGAUUUGGCCCACUUAGCCCUCACGAGCCGUUUUUUGCAACCGAUAGCUACUCAAGCCUUAUACCUGAAGGUGCUGGUGGUGUUGCACGCCACGCGACCCACAAAGUCGGUGAUUGCCGACAUUACGAGGAAAGUGUCUGGAGGUGAGAGUGGGUCUUUGGUGUUGUGCCUGGAAAAGGCUUCUGCUUUGUUGGAGACGCUUUCUUUAAAUGAGCAUUUGGCAGCGCUAGUGAAAAAUUUCCGCUUCGAGGACUGUGAGGGAAACAGUCAGCUGGAACUCUUGCAAAGGGCAUUUCUGGAGGUGUUGAAAGAUCAACAAAGAACUACCUCCUUAAAAUUUGGUCCCUUGCUCGACAUAGAUCAGACUGCCAGGAACACCAGCGAACUCGAGAGGGCUAUUGCUGCUUGUUGCACCAGCGUUGCUCUUGAUCCACAGGACUUUUCCACCGACAUCGUGAUUCCUGUCUCGCAUACUUUCAGAUAUUUGCAUAUUCAAGGCUUCGAUGCCUUGGAGACGCUUACUUGCACGGAGAAGAUCCAGGUUGAAACUUUCUCCAUCUCGCAUUUACAUGGCCAGGGGACAGCAUCCCGACUCGACUUUCUGUCUCUUGAGCGUUGCAUAGAUACGACUUCGCUUUCAAAAAUAAAGCUCAACAUUGACUGUCAUGAGCUCAGCUGUUCGUGCUACCAGCACUUCUUCCAAUCCUUUGCAGAACAUGUGGUCCACCACUGUGGUUUGGCAAAAUUGCGUACCGUGGAGGUUGAAGGGUUUGCUCAGGAGGACUGGCUAAGGCCCGUUGAGAUGCUCGAAAGAGUGCUUGAACCUUUGAGCAACUUCUUGAAGAGCCUUAAAGGGUUGAGCGACCUCAAGCUUGACUUUGCAACCCCGAGCCUCAAGAUCACAGGAGAGCCUGCCAUUUCUGAUGCCAACAAGAUCAACCGACGCCUCAUUGACGCUUUUUUUCUCUCCAUGUUUGAAACCCCGGACUUUGGCCUCAGGCUCCGGAGAUUGGAGCUCCCAGACUUUUUGUCAUCGUUCAUUUACUACAAGCCGAGCUUCCAAGGGUCCAUGUUGCACUCGUGCAUGUGCGAGGGGUGCACAGCGUUGCUCAGCAAGAUCAAAGAAGAGGUAGCUCCUGAGAUCGACACUGACGAGGUGGAGGAAGUCGACGAUAGCCAAGCCAUGUACCUUGUGUUGUACGGUAUUCUUCGCAAGUUGCAGCAUGAGGGGCUCAUUACUUUGUCACCUCGAUCUCCGUACAGCAUGUCUCUUCUUCGAACAGACAAGAGUGACUGGCUAGCAGAGCACUUCAGCUCGUGUACUAUAUCCGAGCAGGACUUGAAGACGUACAUAGUUCACCAGCUUAUCCCAAUGAAGGACUACUUUCUGGGAUCUUCGAGAAGUUGCACAGCUUGUGUUUGCAUGGAGUGA